GUGCGCAGACAUCCCUGUGCAGUAAAGUGAGAGUCCCAAGUCCAACAUGUAUUAGUCGAAAGUGAAACGUUGUCAAGUGAAGACAUUAGCAAGUGGUCAAGUGCUGAACGAUCUCUAGGACACAUGUUGUGACCGUUACUUCAGCCGGACAUGGCCCCAGGCCUCGGGUUAGCACUGCUUAUUUGUAUAGUGAUCGUGCAUUGCACAACUUCCCUAAUUAUCUUACACGAUCAAAACAAAGCUCUCACCAUUAACCCUCAAAGAAGUCAAAGUGUGACUCGACAAAAGCAAGAAGUUGAUGAAGAAAUGCCUCGAUUUUAUAUAGAUACCAUGAAAUCAACUCUAAUCAGAAUCAUUAAAUACUACCGAAGAAUGAAACCGGAGAUAAAAGUUGCAAUGUGUUUUUCCCGGUAUGCCGGUAUUAUUCCAAGUGUCAGAAGAGCAAGAAGUGCUGACUGUGGACGAGAUCAGUGUGGAGAUCGCGCUAUGUCGAUGAUGACCAAAAAGAAGGAGAAGGAUACGGAAGUGACACUGAAGGGAUUACUUCAGGACAUUGUCCAUGUGGUGAUGCUAUUUAUAUCAGAUCUCACCCCACAGCCUAUGUCCACAAUGAUGAAGAUGGCCUCGGAGAUGUGGAACACAACACGGUCCAUGUACAACUCAAUGAAACAAGACGAGAUGGGAAGUUGUUUUAUUGAUUACACAUCACACAGGUUUUGGUGGUGGAUGGGAAUCUAAUAAAACA